AUGGUCGUUGCCCGCACGAAAGCCAACUCCAAGAUCCGCCGCAUCGGCAAGAAGAAGGGUGCCACGAUGAAGGACGUCAACCCGUGGCGCUGGGUGAAGACAUGCAGCCAGCACUUCAAGCAGAAGGGUCAACUCUUCGUCCCCAACUGCGCGGAGAUCGUCAAGUCAUCCCACGGCCGCGAACGCGCCCCGCAGCACCCCGACUGGUACUACAUCCGCUGCGCCGCCGUGCUGCGGGCGGUGUACAUGCGCCCCGGCGUCGGCUACGGCGGUCUCAGCAAGCGCUUCAGCAGCAAGAAGAACCGCGGCAGCCGUCCAGAGAUCACCACACGCGCCUCACGCGGUCUGCUCCACUGGGCGUGCAAGAGCCUCAUCAAGUUGGGCCUCAUUGAGAAGUGUGAGGAAUCCGGACACCGCAUCACAAAGGCUGGUCGCAAGGUUGUGGACUCCAUCGCCUUUAAGGUGGCUAUUCGCAAGUUCAACAGUGCCACUGGUUCCAAGUAA